UUUUUUUCUUUUUUUUUUUACCUUUUUUCGUAGAAACAUUCGUAUUAUUUUAUCUUUUAGGUUAUCAUUUGGUGUUACACUCAUUAAUUAUUUCAUUUAAAAAUUUACUUAAAUUUUAUUGCUACAAUUAUGAGACAAAAAACUUAUGUACUAGCAAAGGCAAUUUUGGAAAGAAAAGAUAUUCUUUUUGGUUCAAGCGAAAAUGUUUUUAAACCGCAAGCAUUAAAAGAAAAAGAAGAUGCUUGGGAGGGUGUUCGACUGGAAAUGAUUGAACAAGGAUUUCAAAAUUUUGAACGAAAAUCGUGGAGAGAUGUUAGAAAUCACGAUUGGCAAUAUUUACGUAGAUCAGCUGUAGCUAAAUAUGAACAUAAUCAGAAAUCUGGUGUCGAAGAGAUUCCUUAUAGUGAGGUUGACAAGGUUGUUUUUGAUAUAAUGGGGAACGAGGUUCUUCAAUCUUCAGCACAAUUUGACCCUAUGAAUGGUGCACUUAAUGCCACUUUUAACUGGUUAAAAUGUGAGGAACAACAUGCUGGAUCUGACAGUGCUGAUUCUUCAUUUUUGUCCACUUUGAAUAUUCCUGCUGUUGAGCAAGUGCAAACAGAUCAGCAGCAACUUAAUACAUUCUUGAGCUCUGCGUUGGCUGCGAGUGCUUCAUAUUUAAGUCGAAAAACAUCAUGGGAAACACAGAGUUCACCAAUUGAAUCACCACGGGGAGACCAGCCACUUCGCAAACAACAACGUUUUUGUUCUCAAUCUGCCAAACAAAGCCCUCAAAAUAAUGGAAAUGAGAAUCAUAUGAUGGAUAAAAGCAAAGAUAACGAUGUAAUUAUAACUGAUGGUCCAGAGAAUGCCACAAAUGCUGAAUUAUUAGUACAACGUAUAAUCGAAGCAUCUACUCAAAAUAAUAACAACAAUUUAUUAAUUUCAGAAAAUUCUGAGGAAAUACGUCCAUCAGUUUCCAGCGGUGUAAUUACUUCGACAUCAUCAACUGCUAAUAAUAAUAUUAACAAUGCUCGUAAACGUCAACAUUCUUCUUCCUCAAUAAUUGCAACAAAAUCGAUUGAGGAUGAAAUACAAGAAGCAAAAUUGAAACAAAUUAAUUUACAAAUUAAAAGAGAAGAGAUUAUUUUAUUACAAGAAAAGGCAAAAUUAUUACAGGAAGAGGCAAAAGUUCGACAAGAAAAUACUAAAGCUGAAUUAUUAGAGCGACAAUUGGCUAAAAUUGUGGAUGGUUAGAAAUUAUUAGGUAUAUUUUUGAAAAAGAGUAAUCUUGCUUGUAAUUUAAUUUUUUUUCAAUUCCCCUAAAAUUCUAUCAAUUAAUAUGCACGGAAUUUUAUAAACUUUUUUUUUGUUGGAAAAAUCCACGUGGUUUUUUUCCGUUCUUUCAUCUCACCUUUAUUUAAAUAUUUUUUAACUUCAUUUAAGUUAAAAAAUUU